UCUAGCGGUUUUGAUGCAGUCUGACGCCGCCAUUUUUUACUUCGGCCAAUCGCAUGUAAACAAAACAAUAGUGACUCUCUCAAACUUGAUAUUAACUAGUGAUCACGGUGUUCUUAAUGCACAUGCGUAAUAUUUGAAAAGGCCAGUAAAGAAGUCGUUCGAAAAGCCUGUUGUCAGUUACGUAGUUCGGUCUAAACGGACAAAAAGAUUAGAGCUGUGUGUAUAUAUCCAACAAAACGUCAAAUGAUUCUGCAGAGUACUUCGUGAGCCCUUAGUUGAAGUGAUUCAUAUAAUUGGCUAUUUCCAUUGAAACAUCGAAGUUAUCAAAGAAUAAAACAAGAUGGAUUUUCCUGCUACUCAAGCAAUGGAUGAUGAUUUUCCUGCAACUCAAGCUGUUGAAGCCUCUCAAGUUCCUAAUGAAAAAGUUUUGAUUGGAACAUUAUGUAUUGAUGAAAAAACUCAUCAAAUUUAUACAGGUACUACAACCAUUGGCAGGCAUCCAGGAUGUAACGUAUUUAUAGAUAAUCAGACAGUUUCUAAAUUUCAUGCUGAAAUUGAAGCCCAGUCACAUCAUGGAACAAUUUUCAUUAGAGACCUUAAAUCCAGUAACAAAACAAGAAUAAAUAAUUCCAAAUUAAGACCCGAAUGUAAUUAUCAGCUAAAAAAUGGAGAUGAAGUAAGAUUUGGUACUGUUCUAGCAAAGCUCCAUAUUAUUGGUUCGAUUGAUGAUUCUUUUGUGUCAAGUACUCCUUUGAAUAUUAAAAGAAAACAUAUAGUGAUUCCUGGAACACCUGAUACUUCCAUGAAUGAGAAUAGCUUAAACUUAGAUGAUACUGAUGAUUCUGUAAUCCAAGCAACUCAGCCCGAUAAAUUGACAUCAAGAAAUGGGAGUAAUAAAUAUACAGUAAAUCUGGGCCAGGAUUCAACAAGUCAUAAUGUAUCGUACAAAGAAAAUUUGAAUAACAGUAUUUAUUCUGCAGAAACGCAAAAAUCAAAAGAUGUUGGUAACCAUAAUGAAUCGGACGAAAACAUUUUUGAAAUGGAAACACAGCAAGUUCAUAAUGAUAUUAUGCAUAAACAAGAAAAACAACAAAUUGAUAAUAGGAAGUUAAAUAUUUCUAAAAAUGUAUCAAAUGAUGUUUCGAUAUACAGUGCUGACACUCAAAAGAUUCUUAACAAAAGCAAUGAUUCAUCACACCUUCACGCAAGUAAAACAUUUGAUGCAUCUAUACAUAGUGCAGAAACUCAAAAGUACAAAAUUGAUGAAUCAGAAGUAAAAGAACGAUGCUUUACUGAUGAUUUGUCAGAUGUUUUGAAUGAAUCAAUUAAUGAAGCAGAAACUCAACAAUUUAACAAAGAACUAUGUCAAGUUAAUGAUGAACAAUCUAAUAGUAAAAUCGAAAAAUUUGAUGAUUUUUUUUAUGAGGCUGCAACACAAAAAUUUGAACAACAAAAAAUGUGUGGAUUAGAUAAUUCCCAAAAUAAUAGUGACUCAAACAAAAAUAAUUUUCUGAAACAAAUAGGAGAUCCAUUUGAUGAAAUUGAAACUCAGAAAUUCCAUGACAGUAGUUCACCCCAAAAUAAGGACAAAGCAUAUCAGUUCAAAACACCCAAAUCUUCAAUUGAACAAAAAAGAAAGAGUAACUUGAAUCAAUCUACUAAAUCCAUUUAUGAUAUGGAAACCCAAGAAUUUCAUAAAAAUAUAUUACCUAGAAAAUUAUUAGAUGAAGAAGAAACUCAAUCAUUUAUUAAAGAAGAUCUCAGUAAACACAAAAAUUCUCCUUCUAUGAGCAGUUCUUUGGAAGAAGCUGAAACACAAAAAUUUGUACUAGCCAAACCAAGUGAAUUUCUAACACCCAAAUCUCUCAGUAAAUCAAUGAACAAAAGUAGCUCAAACCAAUCACCAAAAUCAAUUGGUGAUAUGGAGACUCAGGAAUUUUGUGAAAAAAAUGUACCUAGAAAUUUAUUGGAUGAAGAAGACACUGAACCAUUUACUGAAGAUCUUAUUAAACAGCAAAAUUCUCCUUCUAUCCAUAAUUCAUUGGAUGAAGCUGAAACACAGAGAUUUGAACUUGAUAAACAAUGUUUGUUUAAAACACCUAAAUCCCACAGUAAAUCAAUGAACAAGAGUAGCUCAAACCAAACACCAGAAUCAAUUAGUGAUUUGGAGACUCAGGAAUUUUGUGAAAAAAAUUUACCUAGAAAAUUAUUGGAUGAUGAAGACACUGAACCAUUUACUGAAGAUCUUAUUAAACAGCAAAAUUCUCCUUCUAUCCAUAAUUCAUUGGAUGAAGCUGAAACACAGAGAUUUGAACUUGAUAAACAAUGUUUGUUUAAAACACCCAAAUCCCACAGGAUAUUAAUGAAAAAGAGUUACUUAAACAAAGCUACCCAAUCGAUUCAUGAUAUAGAAACCCAAGAGUUCUGUGAAAAUAAAUUACCUAGAAAAUUAUUAGAUGAAGAAGAAACUCAAAGAUUUAUUAAAGAAGAUCUCAGUAAAUGUCAGAAUUCCCUGUCAUUCAAAAAUUCUUUGGAUGAAGCUGAAACACAGAAAUUUGAACUAGAUGAACAAUGUUUGUUUAAAACACCCAAAUCCCACAGUAAAUCAAUGAACAAGAGUAACUUGAACCAAUCUACUAAGUCCAUUCAUGAUAUGGAAACCCAAGAAUUUCAUAAAAAUAUAUUACCUAGAAAAUUAUUAGAUGAAGAAGAAACUCAAUCAUUUAUUAAUGAAGAUCUCAGUAAACACAAAAAUUCUCCUUCUAUGAGCAGUUCUUUGGAAGAAGCUGAAACACAAAAAUAUGUGCUAGCCAAACCAAGUGAAUUUCAUACACCCAAAUCCCUCAGUAAAUCAAUGAACAAGAGUAGCUCAAACCAAACACCAGAAUCAAUUAGUGAUUUGGAGACUCAGAAAUUUUUUAAUGCAUCAGUUAAAGUGACCAAUCAGAAUAACUCAAUUGGUGAAGGAGAAACUCAACAAUUCAGCAAAGAAGAACUCAGUAAAUUCCAAAGUUUAUCUGCUGUCAAAAAUUCACUACAAGAAGCUGAAACUCAAGAAUUUGGGAGAGUUUAUUCAAAAAGCGUGAAUAGAUCAUCUACUUACACAUCGGUUGGUAACAAACUUGAAAAUAUAUCACGUAAACAACACUCUGCUUCAAUUAAGUCUAACCAAAUGGAUAUAACUCAAGAUGGUGAAUUUUUUAAUACUUCUUUAAAAAGAAAUUCUUCAGGAAAAAAAGUUUUUCCUUCAAAUUAUGAAAUAUCUCCGAAACUUUUGAAACCAGAAAGAAAAAAUACUUCUAAGACAAUGAAUGAUUCCAUUUCAUUAAAACAAAUUGAUGGAAGCUCUAAUAAUUCUAGUAAGGAAAUAGAUUCUUCUAGUAAAUUAGUUUCAUCCCCAACAGAAAACAUGAAAAAACAAUUCAAUUCUUCCAAAAACAUUUCUUUUGACAAUAGGUCGAAGAAUGAUAGUAGUAUUUUCAACAAAAAAGAUUUAGCACAAGUUGAUGACAAUGAAUUGGAUUUGUUUUCUCAAAAUGAUGAAGAUAUUUUUGCUCCAUAUGAAACUGAAACUAAAGAAUCCAAAACUUUCGAAAGUUCUAAAACUUCCAGUACAAUUUUAAAUACAAACAAAACUUCAUUAGGCAAGAGUUUCAGUUUUAUUUAUCAAAGAUCACCCUCGCCAGAAUCUGAUGAUAAUAUAUUUGAUGAUGAUUAUGAAGAAAAAAUGAAAUCCAAACGUUCACUCGUAAAUAUUCCAAAUGCUUCUUUCGUUAAAGCAGAAUCAUUGGUAAAAUCUUCUGUAACAAUAAAAAAUGCACAGAUUUCAAAUACUUUAGACGAUGAUGUUGAUGAAAUUGGUCCUACCCAACCAGUUAAUACUUCUACUUUUGAUACCGAAGAUAUUCAUUUAGCUGUAACUCAAAUUGCAACUCAAGGGACAAAAAAAAAUGUUCCUGGUUCUACAGUCAAUCAAGACGACGAUUCUUUAGCUCCAACACAACUCAUUUUCAAUGACAGCUGUGAUUUACCUCAAGAAAAGGAUUUUGAUGAAAUUGAUUUACCUUGUACUCUUAAAAUAUCAACACAACAGUUGGAUGAAGAUUUAGCUCUUUCACCAAAUACAAGACGAUGUAGUCAUCCUGAUGAAAGUACUAGCAUUAAUAAUUUGGGAAGAGAUAUGUCUAUUGCUGAAACAAAAAAUGAAAUGAAAAAUGCGAGUAACAUCAACAGAUCGAAACGUUUCUCCAAUGAACUUGAAGUAUCACCUAGAAAAAGAUUUCGACAGUCAAGUUACGAUAGUGACACAAAAGAAAAAAUGUUUCAAAACAUGGAAGAAAAUUUAGAAAAAAUAUUUGAGGGAGAUACAGAAGAAGAGCUUACUGUUGCAAAGUCCACGUUGCAAACCCAACAACUCAAAAAUAUUCUUGAGGAGAGUCAACUUGAAGAUAGUUGUCAAGAAAAUUCAAGUAACACCAAAUCGUCACCAACUCUAGGAAAAAUUUCUGGUUCUAAAAUAAUCGAAGAUUUUCAUCAACCAACUUCUCAUUCUUCUUCUAAAUCAAAAACAUUAAAUACCAAUCUUAAUGAUACUAUUGAACAAAAUCUCUGUGAAAUGUUCGAAAAUAAUUCUAAUGAUGUAUCAUCUCAUCAACCGGAAAUUAUGAUGACUCAGCAGUUGACAGAUGUUCUUGAAUCUCAAUCAGAACAAAGUGCAGAAGAAAAGAAAUCAGAACUUACUACAACAGGUGAAACAUCCAAGAAAAGCUCUGGGAGCGAGAGUAGUAAAACCGAAAAUCAGAUAUGUUAUAGACGCGGCACUAUAGGUUUUGAUCUCGAUUUAAACUGUGUCAAAUCAAAAGAGCGAGUAGCUGUAUGCCCUUUGAUUACUAGUGAUAGUCAAUCUGACAAUGAAGCUACAACCAAUAUCGAAGUUAACUCCACACCGAGUAGAAAGCGUCUUAGUCUCAGUUUACCUAAAAAUAUUAAUUUGAAUGCAUCAUUGAGAAGUGAGCCUGGAACUUCUAAGUCAAGUUAUUCACCGAAAAUUAGAAAUUCUGCUUCCAAAAAAAGGCAUGUUCUAUCCCGAGGAACACGAGGAUUUAACUUAGACCUACAAGCAAUUGAAAGUGAAACUCUCGUCUCGGCCGAUUCGACUGAAAAUGAAGAUGAUAAGGUCGGUAGUUAUAGGCUUAAAUCUAAUUUAAUGGGUGGGUCACAGCUUAAAAGUAAAAUCGCGAGCGAAUCUAGUGAUUCCGAUGACUUACUGGACAAUUUACCCGAUGUGAAAAUAGCCGGUACGAAAGAAUGUCCGGCCACCGCUUCGCAAUUAGCCGCACCAAGCGAUGAUGACGACGAUGAUGUCGAAUCAAUUGAACCAACUAAAAUUCCUCUUAAAUGGCGUUGGUAUGCUGAGAAACGUUACGAUCUUAUCUAUGAGAACUUAGAAAGGCCUGUUGACACGAAACCGAAAUCACGACCUCCGAGCGAACCCAAGCCUCUUUCAGUAGACGAUAUUUUAGCAAGUCUUGGUCCUCCUGUAACUGAUGAAACGAAAAGUAGGCGAACACGACGCACAUCCAAUUGCACUUUGACUGCACAAAAUGAAUCUCCACAGACUUUGGUUACAAAUAACCCAGACGCGACAUUCCAACAAGUGGAUACCGACUCAGACAGCAGCUCAGAAGAGAUGUUUCCGGAGUACAAACCCCUACCGCCAGCUAAAUUUCUAGGACGUCGAGCUACUUUUAACCAACUGGAGUCGAAGCUUGAUGAUAAGAACUUGGACGAUUCUGACGAUGAAGAGUUCAAUCUUUUGCGCCAACGUUGCCAUGAGCUCCUAAAACAACCACAAAUUCUUGGAACCAAAAAACUCUCUUCUACUCUCCAGACACCAAAGAACAGUUCAUCCAUGCCAACGCGCUCUAGUCGACGUCGUCGUAAAUGUGCGUCUGACAACUAUCAACUAAAUUCAAAUUCUACUGAACUUGACAAUACUGACGAUAAUGACGAAAUCGAUGCUAAUAUUGUUGGGGAUGGGCAGGGAAAACAAGUUCAGAGUGAAAAUACAAUUGCUUCAAAGGAUACCUUCGUGUUUCAGGUACCAAACGUUUCGCUAGUUCCUGUCAAUCAUCCCGAGAUGAAAUUAGCGACAGUACCGACGACAACUAGGACUACUAAUGACGAAAGACAGGGCACUAAGCGAGGGACUCGACAAGAAAAAGAUAGUAAAGUGAUACCCAAGUUACCAAAAGUAUCGGUACUUAUAUCUCCUCUACGGGAAAAAUUUUUAACAAACAAAAUAAAUCGGCAACUAUUAUUAUCUGCUAACACUGUGUCUAUGUUUAAACAGAAAGAUGCUGUUCCGAAAAACGACCAGAAAUUCGCACCAACCAUCAGAGUAACUCGUCGGGAUUUUAUACCUGAUCCCCCAUCUUUCGUAGAAAAGAGCUCCAAAACUAGGGGUAAACCAAAUGAAUCAUUGAAAGAAAAUUUCAAAUUAGAUUCUAAUGUAAAGAAUAAUUCGAGGUCUCCUAAAAAUAGUAAAAGCAAUCAAUUGAAGAGAAAUCAAAAAAACUUUCCAGAAGUCGCGAAAAGUAUUUCAAAUGCCUUAAUAGAUGAUUCAGAUUCUUCUGAUGAAUUUGAAGAGUUGAGACUUGCCAAAAUGAAUAGUCUUAAGCAAGAAAACUCCUUCAAUAAAAGCCAGGAAUUGGUUAACGAUCCCAAAAAUUCAGAUAGAUCAAUAAUUAGGGGUAACAUAAGUUCUACUAGUGUUAUAAAAUCAGACGAUUCAAAAGAGAUGAAAGUCUUGCUUAAUAAAGUAGAUAAUUUGGAAAAGACUGAACUAAAAAAUAAAAAAAAUCACGUUGGAAUUACUAAAAUUGAGUUGGAAAAUUCAAAAAUUAUUGGUAAUAAUACCUCAAGUAGAAAUGAUAAAAGAAAAAAAGUUUCAAACUAUUCAGCAGAUACUCAAGAUAACAGUAAUCAAGGAAUAAAAAAUAAAAAUUAUAACACUCGAAACACAAAAAUGGCCAGCGUUUCCAACUCAAUUACUUCACCAAUUGCGAUUAGAAAAUCUAAACGAAUAAAAAAUAAUUUGAAAUCCCAAAAUUCAGAAAUCGAUGAAAAAGAAUUUGAUAGUAUGUCUUCAACUACUACUAUUUCAACUUCACCAGAUAGAAGUUUAAAAACGAAGAUUUCUACUUCAAAAACUAUCAGAGGUAAACGUAAGAAGAGUUUAGAUGAAUCCAUUCAGGGUGUGAACUCAGCAUCUACAUAUGCUCUUACAAAACAAACGCGGAAAAAAGUUAAAAAGGACGAAAAUAAUUCACUAUUAAUAGAUAGUGUAAGAUCAACAAGAUCAAAAAGAAAAAUGUCUAAUUUAUCGCCGCCUGUUUCACCAACAAGGAAUAAAUUUAUUAAAAAUGAACAGUCAAUAUUGACAGAUAGCACCACUGCCGUUAAAGUAUUAUUCAUUGGGGAAAUUUCUGUGCAUCACCGUAAAAUUGUAUCUCAAUUGGGUGGCAUGGAAGUUGAUGAUAUUUCCAGGUGCUCAGUUGUAGUCUGCGAAAAAGUUCAAAAAGAUUUUAAAUUUCUCUCCUCAUUAAGUCGUGGUAUUUCAAUUGUGUCAUUGAAAUGGCUUGAUGCUAGCAAUAAAGCUAAGCAGUUUUUAAAUUACGAUGACUAUAUUUUGAAAGAUAAAGAUGCUGAAUCUAAUUAUAGAUUUAAUUUGAAUGACAGUAUAGAAAGAGCAAGAAAUGUGAAACUUCUUCAGGAUUACACUGUUCUGAUUGCACCACGAUUGAAAACAAUAUCAGUACCCGAAUUGAAAGAAUUAGUAAUUACUAACGGGGGUAAAGCUUUAGUCAGAGCUCCGAAGAAUUGGGACAGAAAACUUGUAAUAAUUGGAGAGGAGUCAGAUUUAGAUAGAAUGCUGAAAUUCAUGGAAAAGGCUCCGAAUACUGUUACAGUACAUUCAAUUGAAUUCAUCUUGACUGGUAUACUAAGACAAAAAUUGAGUUUAACAGAAUUCAAAUUAUCAUUAUAGUGAUAAUUUGAUAAUUUAUAGAAUUCAUCGUGUAUCAACUGUACAAAACUUAUUUAAAUUACACGACGACUAGUUGUUCAAUAUUAAGACAUAGAUUAUUUCUUGUAAAUUAUUAAUAUAAGAUUAUUAUAAUUAAAUUAAAUUGUGAAAGUAAUUUUUUUUCAAAGUGUAUUUGUUACAUUUCUGUAUGUAAUUGUCUUCUUAAUGUUAUAUUUUGUGGAAUUCUCGUUGAAGGUAUAGAUAUUAGAUGAUAAAUAAUGAAAUACCAAAAAAUUGUAUUUAUUUAUCUAAAACUAUGUUAAUUGUUUUAAACUUAUUAAAUUGCAUCAAUGUUGCAGAAUCUUUUCAUUUUGUCAUAAUCUCGUAGCUAAUUUUUAUUUAUAAUGUCCUCGAAUGAUAAUUACAAGACUAUCAAAUCAAUAAUAUCCCAAAAAUAAACUAAACUCAUAAAACCAUUAGUAUUGAACAAAAAUCCCGCUCCUAAGAUAGUGAGU